AUGGGAAAAUCAGAGGAGCCUCCAGCGUACGAAGCAGACACGAACAAAGCAGGGAGCAGUACCGGUGAGGGAAACCAGAGCGAAGGACAUCCUUGCAAUCCCGACACGCGUCUUCUUCCUGAAGGCUUUGUCGACCAGUACGACCAUAACUACAAACGCCACUUUUACGUCGAUACAAGGGCGAACCCACCGCGCUCCUCGUGGCUCCAUCCCAGCGACGAGUCCAGGCACGGGUAUGCAUCCCCGUCUGGACCUCCGCCAGGCCAUCAAGGCUACCACCAGCAGGGCUACCACCAGCAAACAUACCAGCAGCCCAUGAUGCAGCAGCCCAUGAUGAUGCAGCAGCAGCCUAUGAUGAUGCAGCAGCCUAUGAUGGGCGGUGGCCGCAUGGGCGGCUUUGGUAUGGGCCCAAUGGGUGCCGGUCUUCUUGGCGGUGGCGCAGGUAUGCUGGGCGGCAUGGCGCUCAUGAGCGGCAUGGACAACAUGCAGGACCACGCCUACGAAGAUGGCUAUAUGCAAGGCCAGAUGAAUGAUGGUGGCGAUGGCGGCGGUGGUGGCGAUUAUGGCGGCGGCGACUUUGGCGGUGGUGAUAUGGGCGGUGGCGACUUCUAA